AUGUUGGCCAAGGUCUUUAGUGUUGUUCUCUUCCUCUCUGUCGCUACGGCAAAACUCCACAACAACUGCGCCUGCCACAAUGGCGACAGCUACAACUUUCGCAUGACCAUGAAUGCUUGCACCGUCUACGACGACGCAGACUACCAGUGGGGAGGUGUCAAGUAUGAUACUCCAUCUGGUCGUUGCACCCAAGAAGACGCCGAAGCUCAGAUCGCUGGAGAUCAGUGGGAGGAUGCUUGCAAAGAGGUCGCUGCCAAGGGCUUCCCUUGUGCUGAUGGAAAGGGAACUUGCUUCGCCAACCCCAAGGAAGUUCGUGGCCGUUGCUAG